AUGUUUAAAUACACUUUUGUAGAAAUCAUGUCCUCGAAGCAUAUUUUUGGUUUUACAAUUGUAAUUCCAUUGUUGAUGACCCUACAUCUUAAUGAUUGCAUUAAAGGGGCUCUUGCAAAGUGUGCGACCAAUUAUUACAAAGACGGGAACGUGUGCAGAGAAUGUCCGGCUGGUUAUUACGGUGAUAACUGCACAGUAGUGUGUCCGCCAUCAAGUUACGGCACUUUGUGUCUCCAUAAAUGUGACUGUUUGCCUUGUCACCACGUCUACGGCUGUUCUUCUACUCCUCUUACAGAAGAAACAACGAGCAAUGACUACGAAACUCGGAAAAAGAUAGAGGACAAAAAGCAAGCAUCCGGAAACAUAUUAACCACUUCUGGUCGAAGUAUAAUUAUUUCAAUAGGAUCUGUAUUAUGCUUCAUGUUAAUACUUGUAAUAAUUCGAGAGUUGUGGUUAUGUUGCCAAUUUCCCUAA